AUGGCCAUGAACGGACCAGAAGCAUGUACCGGUAUUGAAAAUAUUGAUGAAGCCAUUACAUUGCUUGAACAAAAUAACUGGGACUUAGUGGCAGCUAUAAAUGGUGUAAUACCACAAGAAAAUGGCAUUCUACAAAGUGAAUAUGGUGGAGAAGCUUUACAAGGACCAGCAUAUGGUCCCACGAGUCAUCCUACCGCUGCCUCUUCAACUUCUUCCUCAUCUUCAGCAUUUCGACAUGUAGUGCCAUCCAGACAAAUAGUGGAAAGACAACCACGAAUGCUUGAUUUUAGGGUGGAGUACAGAGACAGAAAUGUAGAUGUGGUACUUGAAGACAGCUCCACAGUUGGAGAGAUCAAACGCAUUUUAGAAAAUGAACUUCAAAUUCCUGCAUCUAAAAUGUUGCUUAAAGGAUGGAAGACCGGAGAUGUAGAUGAUAGUACUGUUUUAAAAACUCUACAUUUGCCAAAAAACAACAGUCUUUAUGUUCUAACACCUGAACUGCCCCAUCCUUCAAGUAAUUCUGGGGCCCUGCAGGAGUCAUUAAAUCAAAACUUCAUGCUGAUCAUCACCCAUCGAGAAGUCCAGCGGGAGUACAACCUCAACUUCUCAGGAAGCAGUACCAUUCAGGAGGUAAAGCGGAACGUGUAUGACCUAACUAGUAUUCCUGUUCGUCACCAGUUGUGGGAAGGCUGGCCUCCUUCUGCGACGGAUGACUCUAUGACUCUAGCUGCAUCAGGGGUGACUUAUCCUUGUCAUCGACUUACAGUAGGAAGAAGAUCUUCACCUGCACAAACCAGAGAACAGUCAGAGGAGCAAUGUACUGAUGUUCAUAUGGUUAGUGACAGUGAUGGAGAUGACUUUGAAGAUGCUACAGAGUUUGGAGUCGAUGAUGGAGAGAUGUUUGGAAUGGCAUCAUCUGCCUUGAGGAAAUCUCCAAUGAUGCCAGAAAAUGCUGAAAAUGAAGGAGAUGCCUUAUUACAAUUUACAGCAGAAUUUUCCUCAAGAUACGGUGAUUGCCAUCCCGUGUUUUUUAUUGGAUCACUAGAGGCUGCUUUUCAAGAAGCCUUCUAUGGAAAAGCCAGAGAUAGAAAGCUUCUUGCUAUCUACCUCCAUCACGAUGAAAGUGUACUAACUAAUGUGUUCUGCUCACAAAUGCUUUGUGCCGAAUCUAUUGUUUCAUAUCUGAGUCAGAACUUCAUAACCUGGGCAUGGGAUAUGACAAAAGAAGCAAACAGAGCAAGGUUUCUGACAAUGUGCACUAGACACUUCGGUAGUGUUGUGGCCCAAACAAUUCGAACUCAGAAGACAGAUCAGUUUCCGCUUUUCCUUAUUAUUAUGGGGAAACGAUCAUCUAAUGAGGUGUUGAAUGUAAUACAAGGUAACACAACAGUGGAUGAGCUAAUGAUGAGACUGAUGGCUGCAAUGGAGAUCUUCAGUGCCCAGCAGCAGGAAGACAUAAAGGAUGAGGAUGAACGUGAAGCUAGGGAGAAUGUGAAGAGAGAACAGGAUGAAGCUUACCGCAUUUCACUUGAAGCUGAUAGAGCCAAGAGGGAAGCUCAGGAGAGAGAAAUAGCAGAACAGUUUCGUUUGGAACAGAUUCGAAAAGAACAGGAAGAAGAACGCGAGGCCAUCAGGCUCUCUCUAGAGCAGUCUUUGCCUCCAGAACCAAAGGAAGAGAGCACCGAGUCAGUCAGUAAGCUGCGUAUACGAACGCCCAGCGGAGAAUUCUUUGAGCGCCGUUUCCUGGCCAGCAGUAAGCUGCAGGUUGUCUUUGAUUUUGUAGCUUCCAAGGGAUACCCUUGGGAGGAGUACAAGCUGCUGGGUACCUUUCCUAGGAGAGACGUGACUCAAUUGGAUCCAAAUAAAUCAUUACUGGAGGUAAAACUGUACCCUCAAGAAACCCUCUUCCUAGAGGCAAAAGAAUAG